AUGAUUGAAAAUAAAAAAUAUUAUAACAAUCUAGAAAAUUUUUUAAAAUCGAAUGAUAAUAGCGAUGUAACGGAUCUUCAUUUAGAUGAAAAUGGUUAGGAAAUCAGUGAGGAAAAAGCAUACAAUGUUAGUAUCACUUUGACUUAGUGCAAGAACCUAGUUAGCUUAACACUAUUCUUUUACCGAGGUUUUAUCGGAGAUAAAGGGGUUUCAUAUUUAGCAACAGCCUUAAGUUAAAUUCCUCAGAUUAAAUAAUUGGAAUUAAGUUUACUAGAAAAUGAAAUCAGUGAUGAAGGAGCAAAAGCAGUUGGUAUAAACUUAGGUAAAUUAAAGAAUCUUACCCAGCUAGACUUAUGGUUGUAUUCAAAUAAAUUUGGAGAUAUAGGGGCUUUAGAAGUUGCAAAAGGCUUGAGCGAAUGCUUGCAGAUAUAAAAAUUAUCAAUAGGUAUAGGGAGCAACAUGAUAACAUAUGAUGGAUAUUUAAAACUUGAUUAAUGUCUUUCUAGUUUACCAAAUUUAUUAAAUUUAUAUUGCUAUCUCAGAGAUGGAGAAUAACUAUUAAAAUAGAGAGAAAUAUUUAACUGCAAAAACAUUAAGAUUCUGACUCUCGCUGUUGAGUACAAUAAUAUUGAUAGAAAUGGGGAUUUCAGUUUUGAAGAUUUAACUGAGACUAUGAAUAAUGAAUGGAUGGAUGAUUUUAUCUAAGAAAAAUAUUAAAAUCAAAAUAGUUAAAUUUUAAUAAAAACUAUCUCUAUAAUAUUUGUUUAGUAUUUUUUUACAUGUUGUUAAUAAAUAAUAAUAUUUUUAAUAGAUAAAUGUGAAUUUAAUUAAAUUAUAUGUUAAAUUUAAUAUCAUAAAAAUUAAAUAUUUUCAAUUAUUUAUCUUAUUUAUUAAAUUUAUGCUUUUUUUUAUAUGCCUUUAUUUUAUGAAAAAAGUUUUAUUAGUUUCAAGUCAAAUUAAUAUCAAAAUUGA